AUGCCGUUUGCGUGUGCCAUCCAGUGUCUUGAGUCACAGCAAUUAACAGCUGCUGACGUGUAUUGCUACUGGCUGGCUGUAACAGCGCAAUUGCAUGAUCUCUUUGUUCAGGACAAGAGGGCGAACAAAGUGCACAAGAUUCAGAAUUCUAUCAAGGAGCUUAUCCGGUGCAUUGCCAACUUUCGGUUCACACAGCUUAUCGAAAACAAAAGGGCUUCAAAUGUGUAUCUUGCCGCAUUUACUUUGGACCCCGGUAGCCAGAAGUGUUUUAUGACUACCCACCCCAACCCCUUGAUCCUUGAGCCCGUGGUCAUUAAUCUGCGCAAUGGUCAACCCUCUGUGACACGUUGCUCCCCGUUCAUUUCCCGGAUCGGUGAGGUGCUCGGAAAACUGCUCGAGAUCGAGUAUGGGAAUGAAUAUCGGCCGGGCCGUACCAUCAAGGAAGCAAAAGAAUUGAUGAGGGAGAUCAACCCAUACCUCGCGGAAUUGACACUGGUUCAGGCUCUGGCCACGCUCAAAGUACAAAUACAGUGGUAUCUUGAUGGUGAUGAGCCGUUCAAUUGCAAGAAGGAACGUUCCAACAUGGUGCGAGAUUGGUGGAUGCCAUUGCUCACUUGUAAGGAUGCCCGAGUUCUCGCGUUUCUGGCCAUGAAAAUCUUCUCUGCAAACCCGACUUCAAUGCCCAAUGAGCGUGCCAUGUCCACUGUGACAUGGCUAAACUCGAAGUUCCGUAAUUGGCAAAAGGUGGGAACCAAGCGGAGCAAAAAGCCGGUCACCAUCAACUGGCAAGAUAUCUGUGCCACGGCUCACAUGAAACAAGCCAAUGACUCAUUGGAUGAAGAGCCAAAUGCCGGACCCAACUUGGACUUGACCUCAGAGACCAUGGAUGGCACUGUUGAGGCCGAACAUCCAGAUGAUCCACUUUUGUGGCUCAAUGAUGGCUUGCCCGACCUGCGCACCAGUGCUGUCAAUUACUUUGAAUUACAGGAUGAUUUGAACUUGAAUUGGUCGUACAUCUCCAGCUUGUUAAGCCAUACCCCUCAAAAAUCAUGGAGGCUCUUUGUCUUCCCUUGCCUUGGAACUCACAUUCUCAGUGUGAAACCCCAUAGAAGUCCAUUUCAACAUUGUGAAGAGCUUGGGACUCACUUACACAGUUCCUCUUACAUUGCUAUUGUAAAAUCAGUUGCACCUGAAUAA